AUACAAAUGGGUCAGCUCGAAGCCCCCCUUUCCCUGCUGCUGUUGCGCGGCAGAGGCAGCAUGACGUGGUAACGGGGAGUGCGCACUGCCACAAAGCCCUAAGCCACAUCGUCUCUCCUCCCCCCACUCACACCCGCUCAUCGGGACGCAGUGAAGAAGCAGCAGAAUACAAGACUGAAAAGGGACACGGCAAUGGAACAAAAAUAAUGGAUGGGAGAAAUGAGACAUCGGAAAAAGAGGAACACAGGCAUUAGAAAGCAGGACACGUACAAGCCAGGAUCGUCAAGAUUGAAGGGUAUGGCUCUGAGACUAACUUCAAGACAAACCUCUAUUUUUCCUUUAGUCAGAUGUAGCAACAAAGCAGUUAGCAUACAUCCUUGAACGCAUCGCAGCCUGCUCAACAUGCAAAUACAGCUCCGCAGUUUCAUUCAUGGGUUACAUCGCAGUUGGUUUCCUGUCAAAGUAUCUGUCAAUCCGUCAUCUGUUUAACAGGAAAUGGAACUAGGAGACAACAGCUUCAAGUGACAUCGAUCAAUGAAAAAGCAACAUGUGCAAAGCUUGUUCCAACACAAGAACAAAUCAGGAACCAUCAGGAACCCCCCUGUGGUUUGCCCUGCAGCACAAUGACUGAAUGAAUAGUUCUGUUGAAGUCAUGCAGUGGAGACGACGACACUGCUGCACACAUGCGGCUAAACUUCUUUAUCUUCUGUCCUUCUUGGGAUUACUGAUCUUUCUAGUCCACCAGGUGUGGCUCCCACAGCUCAUAGGUUUGCCAUGGUGGAGGGGACAUCCUGUGGUCUUUGGAGGAGAGAAGCUUGAGUCAACCAAAGUCAAAUCAAAUGUGAGCUCCAAACGUAGCACGUGGCACUUUGUUAUUCUCCCGCGGCCAACCUUUAAUGUGGACACCAACUCCUCACAUGAGAAGAUAGGCCUUUCCUCUCUUCAGGAGCAGUCUGCUCUGGACUCUCUGACAGCCAACGGCACCCAAACUGAGCCGCAAGAAUUCAUGUUAGAUGGGCCUUUUGAUUACAUCAUAAAUGAGCAAAAUAAGUGCUCAGACGGGACACUUGCACCGUUUCUGGUAUUGCUGAUAGCUACCGAGGCUCGCCAGGUAGAGGCAAGAAAUGCUAUUCGACAGACAUGGGGAAAUGAGAGUGUUGCUCCAGCUUUAGGCUUCAUACGCUUGUUUUUGUUGGGAAAAAAUGAAGGUGAGCUGGGGUUUGUACAGCAGAAAAUGCUGGAAUCGGAGAGUCGAAGGCAUCAAGAUAUUAUUCAACAAAACUUUCUCGACUCAUAUAAAAAUUUGACUGUCAAAACAAUGAUGGGAAUAAACUGGGUAGCAAAAUACUGUCCACAUGCUGCAUAUGUGAUGAAAACAGACAGCGACAUGUUUGUCAACACAGAAUAUCUCAUACAGAAAUUACUUAGACCAGACCUGGCACAAAAAAAAAAUUACUUUACAGGCAAUAACAUGAGAGGCUUUGCACCAAAUCGAAAUAAAAACAGUAAGUGGUAUAUGUCUCCAGAAUCCUACCCAGGCAACAAAUACCCCACAUUCUGUUCAGGAACAGGCUAUGUCUUCUCUGGAGACUUGGCAAAGAAGAUCUACAGAGUAUCCCUGAACAUCCGUUAUCUACAUCUGGAAGAUGUGUAUGUAGGAAUCUGCCUGGCUCAGCUUGGCAUUGAACCCACACCUCCUCCCAAUGAAUUCUUAUUCAACCACUGGAGAGUUUCUUACUCAAGCUGCAAGUACAGCCACCUGAUAACCUCACAUGGGUUUCAUCCAAAUGAGCUACUGAAAUACUGGCACCACCUGCAAAGCAACAAACACAACGCUUGCAUCAAUGCUCUGAAGGAAAGGAUGAGUCGGACACACUCCAAAAGAGUGCACUGA